AUGUCGGCAAACCUCGAGGACUUUAUCAACCCGCUGUGGUUCAGCAAGCUGCAGGAGUCGCAGGAACUUGUACUCGCUCUCACGGCUGUAGCAGUCGCGGGUCUGACUUAUCUCAUCUACAAUGUCGCGUUCAAGACAGACAUCUCCUACAUCAAGGGCCUGCCAGAGAUUCCCGGCGCGCUGCCCGUCGUCGGCCACCUGUUCCAGCUCGGCCAGGACCACGCCACCGUGUGCGAACAAUGGUGGCGCCAGUACAGCCAGUCCGUCUACCAGAUCAAGCUGGGCAACACGCGGGCCGUCGUGGUCAACUCCUUCGAGGACUGCAAGAAGAUGCUCCUCGGAAACCAGAACGCCGUCAUUGACAGGCCCACGCUCUACACCUUCCACGGCGUCAUCAGCAGCACCCAGGGCUUCACCAUCGGCUCGUCUCCAUGGGACGAGUCGUGCAAGAAGAAGCGCAAGGCCGCAGGCACUGCGCUCGGAAGAGCCUCCCUUCGUAACUACCACCCCAUGUUCGAUCUGGAGAGCUACUGCAUCCUCCGGGACCUGAAGAAGGACAGCCAGAAUGGUGCCCUUGAGAUUAGUGUGCGGCCUUACAUUCAGAGGUUUGCGCUCAACACGACCCUCACCCUGUGCUACGGCAUCCGCAUGGACGCCGUGUACGACGACCUUCUCCGGGAGAUUCUGUACGUCGGCUCGGCCAUCUCCCUGCUUCGCAGCGCGUCGGAGAACAUGCAGGACUACGUACCCAUCAUGCGCUAUUUCCCCAACAACGAGAAGAACAAGCGGUCCAAGGAGCUCCGCGACCGCCGCGACGCCUACCUCAACCUGCUGCUGGACAAGGUCCGCGAAAUGAUCAAGCUGGGCACCGACAAGCCCUGUAUCUCGGCCGCUAUCCUCAAGGACGAGGAGACCAAGCUCACAGGUGUCGAGGUCUCGUCCAUCUGCCUGUCGCUCGUGUCGGGCGGCUUCGAGACGAUCCCGGGAACGUUGACUUCGGCCAUCGGAUCUCUCAGCACGCCCGAGGGCCAGAUCUGGCAGGACCGCGCGUACGAGGACAUCAAGCGGUACUACCCGGACAUGCGUGAUGCCUGGUCCUCGAGCAUCUCCGAGGAAAAGGUUCCCUACAUCAACGCCAUCAUCAAGGAGGCCGGCCGCUACUAUACCGUCAGCGCCAUGAGCUUGCCUCGCAAGACCGUCACCGAGGUGAACUGGAACGGGGCCAAGAUCCCGGCCAAGACAAUGAUUCUCAUUAACGCCCAAGCCGGAAACCACGACGUCGACCACUUUGGCCCCGACGCGGGCAAAUUCGACCCGGAGCGCUGGCUCUCCUCCCUGGACCCCCCCACCGAGCGCGAAUCCGUCGGGCUCAACCACCUCAGCUUCGGCACCGGCUCGCGCGCGUGCUCAGGCCAGCACAUUGCGCACCGGCUGCUGUACACGGCGCUGCUUCGGCUGUUGGCGUCGUACAAGAUCGUGGCGAGUGAGACGGAGCCGCCCAACACGGACUACGUCGACUACAACCAGUUCAAGUCGGCGCUGGUGGCGAUUCCGCGCGACUUCAAGGUGAAGCUCGUGCCGAGGGAUGUCAGCGCGACGGAGGAGUGUUUGAGGUUGGCAGAGGUGAGGACGAGGGAUCACUACAAGGAGUAA